AUGCAGAAAUUCGAAGCAUUAACUUGUUAUCUACCCCACUGCAACCGUAAGGCUGAAAAGUUUGUCACUUUCAGUGAAAGAUAUGUGUGUGGUUUUUGUGUAGACUCCAACCACGAUGACGACAAUGUGAUUACUCUGGUCGACCCCAAGAAAUGCCAACAUGCUCUUGAUUUAGUCGAUGUCAACAUCAAAUCAGUAGAAUCUAUUAUCAAUUAUGACAAAACUCUCAAAUAUAAAUGGAACCUUUACAUUAAAGAGCUUGAGGACUUCAGAAAAAAGACAAACGAACUCAAAGAAGACCUUCAGAUGCUUGUUCAGCACAAGAAAUGGCCAAAGUUUGUUGAUGCCAAGCAGAAUGUCGACUCACUGAAGCAAGAAUGGAGAGAAAGUAAUAUCUUAUUGGAAUACCUGAAGUUCAUGAACAAAGAGAGCACAAGAUUAAGAUUGAUAGGAGUCCAGAAUGGCAAUCUCCUAAUUACUGAGAACAUAGAUCUGAAAAAAACUUGUCGUGAGCUUAGAGAUGCGAAAAUUGAUACCGAUAUCAAAUUGAACAAGAUAAUUAAUGAGCUUAGAGAUAAAAAUGAUGAUCUCAGAGCUCAGAAUGAUGAGUCCAAAACCCAAAAUGAUAAUCUAAAAACCCAAAAUGGGGAGCUAAAAUCCCAAAACGAUGAACUUAGAAGCCAAGGUGGUGAUCUUAGAAGCCAAAAUAAUGAGCUAAAAGCCCAAAAGGCUUCUAUUACUACAGAAAAGAGUAAUCUUACAAAUGAACUCGAAGCUGCAAAACAAAACUUGAAAAAACUAGAGCAUCAAACUGCUCAAAUGAAUAAUCUCAAAGCUGAGAAUACAAAGCUUGACAGGGAGCUUGUAAAAUCUCAAACAGAAAACAAGGAGCAAGCUAGCCAACUCGAAGAUCUAAGAAGCAACUUCCAAGAUAUGAAGGAAGUUGCUGAAAAAUCUCAAACAAGCAUGGAGCAACUAAAGACAUCUCAUUCCCAAACAGACGAUAAAAUCGAACACUCUUUCAAGCAUCUCCAAAAUACUUGUCUAAAUUUACAGCAAGCUCUCUCUGAGAGUAUAGAAAAUGUCUGGAUGGAUAUUGACUUUUUCAAAGUUAUCCAGAAUCAAAACCAGAAAGAAAAUAAAGAUUUGUUAGAAUCUCUCAAAGAAAGUCAAACCAAAAACGAAGAUUUCAUAAAAUCCAUUGAUGAAAUCCAAAAGACUCAAAGCAUGGCCAAAGAAGUCAUAACUCACAACCAGACCUCACUUACAAUCCUCAGGGUAUUAGCAAGCAAGAAUGAAAUCAAGCUGACCAACAAAGAGACUGAAUUCUUAGACAAACUUUCCACCAGCAAAAGGAUUAUGUUUGAUCUGAACAAUGAAGUGGCAAAGGCGAUGUUUUCAUUAGUGGACAAGCAAAUGCUCAGCCAUUUAGAUGAGUUGAAAUUGGGGCGUAUUAGCAGCAACAGUGAAGCUGACAACAUCCGCUUCCUCUCCACCUGCAUCCCUCCCAAACUCCACACUCUUUACAUCCUCUUCGACCCAAGAGCUAAACCCAUAACUCCUUACCUGCCCCACAUCCUCAACCUCAAGUCCAACAUCACCUCCAAACUCACACUCCUCUACGUGACCAUGAAGAAGUCAGAGAAGCAGCAGAUAGAACAAGCGUUCAGCCACAUUGAGCUUGAAUUUGGAAAGGUGAAAGUAGUAAAUGGAUAGUCGGAUAUAGGAAUUGGAAAAAGAUUUUGAGUAUUAAUGAUUCAGUG